UUUAAACGUGCAUUUAAACUGGAAAAAUUUGUCUUCGGGAUGUUUAUGGCCAGCUCAUCCUUUUCUCAACCCCUGACCACCACUUGAUGAGGCUGGGAAAACAAACAACCCCCAAGCGCUAAAGGCGGUUAAGCCGCGUGGGCGUCUAAGGAGCCAACGAGAACACCACAGCAUUUCCCCGACCUCAGCAGCGCAGCAGAACGCGCACCAGUCCAAGGCCACCUCCCGGCUCGACCUCUUUUGACGUCUACUCGAAUUCCGUCGAACGGAUUUCUCCGCCCUUUCGAUUUCAUCCAUUGUUUUCGCUCCCACCGGUGUAGACACGGCCCGGGGAACGCUGUUUCCUGCCGCUGUCGCCCGUCCCGACUUUUGUUGGAAUUACACCAAGAAAGUUUAUCGCUGUGGGCACAACUUCACCGAGUUAUUCACACCUCAAAUUCAACCCUCCGACUUGGAAACUACUUUCGAUUGAUAAUUAACGGCCUCCAUAGCCCUGAUUGUUGAUUUCGCAUGGCUUGGCAAUCGCCCUCGGCCAUGGUCGGGGCUGGAGGCUAUGGCGGACCCGGGGACGGGUCCUCCAACGGCGGGCAACCUCAGGGGACGGAGUAUACAUUACAAGGCGUUAUGCGCUUCCUGCAGACAGAAUGGCAUCGACACGAGCGAGACCGCAAUGCAUGGGAAAUCGAGCGCGCAGAGAUGAAGUCUCGUAUAGGCAAGCUGGAAGGCGACGUGCGCACAAGCAAGCGUCUACACGAGUCUCUGGGUAAACACGUUAGGCUACUUGAGGCCGCGCUGAAGAAGGAGCGCGAAAAGGUCAAGAAGCUCAGCAACAAUGAGAAGGUUGAGGACACCAGGGAUCCCAAGGAUAUCGCUCGAGAGAGUAUAAAUGCCUUGAAAUCUCAACGUCCUAAGCCAGCCAUGGAACUCAACGAAGCCGAGUUGAACGACAAUCAGCCUGAGUUCCGGCAAGAAAAUGAACGGGAAAAAUCGCGCCUUUAUUUAUCUAAAUGCUCCCAAGAAGUGACUUACCACGUUAUCCCUGCAUCGCAUCCUCCUCCCGACCUUAGCGAUCCGGAGCUCCCAAACCAUAUGUACGGAAACCAACAGCUGUCUCAGCAGGCCCUGGAGGAAGCAUACCACAUUCAGCAGCAGCGUCAAAAGCAACAGCAACAACAGCAGCAAGCAAACCAUAUGAUGGCCCGGGAGGUAUCUCUUCAGAACCAUCAGCCCAUUGUGGCUCAAUACCCUGAGAGUUCAGGGAUAUCUCGCCAGCCAAAUCAGUUUGGCCUGCCUCCCGGUUCUAGAGAAGCCCUGGAAAGGAAACCUUUGGAACCGCAACAAACCCCAGCCACGGCUGUUGAUAGUAGAAAGCAGGCUCCCGAACAUAUAAUUGUGGAUGAACGCACUGGUGCUGAGAAGCAAGCAUAUGAUGUGUAUGGUGCUCAAGGAGGGGCUAAAGAGGAGAUACAGCCACAACAAGCAGAACAGCAACAGCAGGAGGACUCGGAUGGUUGGAACUUUGACGAACCUUCCGAAAAAGAGCCCCCAACUGAACCGAUGCCGCCUCAUCGGCCAGACGUGGAUGCUUUUCCUAACGCCAACUUUGUUCGACCGAAAUCUCCUUCACGAUCUGGAUCGCUCUCCCAUAGACGGAAAAGCUCAGGAGCAAGGAGUAAGAGCGAGGGAUCGAGCGACAGCAUCGGAGGAACAUCCCAGAAACAGGAAACUAACUUCAAAGUUAGGUUUGCUUUGCGCGGACACCUGGAUGUCGUCCGCUCUGUGAUUUUCACCGGUGGUGGUAGUCCUUCGGAGCCAGAAAUCUGUACUUGUAGCGAUGACGGCACGAUCAAGCGAUGGAUUAUUCCAGCAACAUACGGUAAUUUUGGCUCCCAUAAUGCCAAUUCGAGCAAUGAUCUGGAUAUAACUAGCUAUUUCACACACAGAGGGCAUGUUGGUGCCGUCACAGCGUUGGCCGCAUGCUCUCCUUCCCGAGAUUUCUCUAAUGGAGGCCGCGCUUUGGGUGACGGCUGGGUAUUCUCCGGUGGCCAAGACGCCAGUGUGCGUGUCUGGGAACGAGGAAGGAUUGACCCUAAGGCCACACUUGAUGGUCAUACAGAUGCUGUAUGGGGUCUUUGUGUCCUCCCUGGAACUACUGGGUCUGUGUUCGGAGACUCUUGUGGUCAUUACGGCGGCCCUGAUCGGAUCUUGUUGGCUUCGGGGGCUGCGGACGGUCAAAUACUGAUAUGGGCAGUUAGUGCUCCACCUCAGCUCUCCUCGCCGCAAGCAGGGAAUAGACGAGCUGGAGGAAGCCGGAGGGCAAAUUCGAUCUCGUCUGGUUCAAACUUCCCAUCCUCACCGCAACCUAGCAUGGCUACUUCAACGCCAUUCCAUUAUACCCUCAUUCACAAGAUCACACGAAAGGAUUCCCCGUCGCCCACCUGUAUUAGUCCCUUGUCACUUGCCGGGGUGAACUUUGUGGUGUCCUUCUCGGACGCAUCAAUCAUUGUCUAUGAUACGAGGACGGGCGAGGAAAUUGUGGGAAUGGCGAGCCUGGAGACGUACGAUGGCACUCCUUCCACGGGUGUCAACUCUGUUGUAGCAACCACGGUUGGAUUCGACGGGUCUGCUGGCCUUGAUCCCAGCCGGAUCUCGGGUGAAGAAGAGGUGGUUCACGGCGCCACUGGCUCGAGUGGUGUGGAAGGUGUCAUAAUAAGUGGCUACGAAGACCGGUACAUCCGUCUUUUCGACGCUAAUAGUGGACAAUGCACUUAUACUAUGCUGGCGCACCCGUCCGCGAUUGCGUCACUUUCCCUAUCUCCAGAUGGACGCGAACUGGUGUCGGCCGGCCAUGAUGCCAGUCUGCGGUUCUGGAACCUCGAGAAACGCAGCUGCACCCAAGAAAUCACCAGUCACCGGUUGAUGCGUGGUGAAGGCGUGUGUUCCGCCGUCUGGAGCCGCGAUGGCCGAUGGGUCGUUAGCGGUGGCGGCGAUGGUCUGGUUAAGGUCUUCUCGAGGUAAUCUUCGAGAUAACGAGGGCUUCUACUGCCAAUGUAUGAUUUUACUCUUAUAUUCGAGCUGAUAUUCUUCUUAUGUCGUAUUUCUUGGACGCAUGAAUGGAUGAGCGCUUGGCGAAUUCUUGAGCAUUUCCAGUGGUCUCUUACCUGGCAUAUGUUCCCUUCUACACUUGUGGUUAUAGUUUCUUUUUUAUCUUCAUAAUCCGCUAUCCCUUUUCAAUUUCCCUAAACAUAUCCACCCUGCAUUGCUGUUACUAUUACUACCCCGGCUUAUAUGAAAUGACGAAGGGUGUCUUCUGUGCUUUAGAGUUUUCAUUAUCUUUGUUCACACCAACUGGUUACAUUCGCGAUUCAUGUACCCCUGUGACCCGUCAUUUUGAGGUGCUUUGGCAUCAUGUGUGAUGGCCACAACGGCAUACCUUAAGCUGCCGCUCAUCUAACCGUUAUUAGCAGUCUUAAAACCAUGAUGAUCCGCAGUUUGGCCUCUACACUCAUGCCCUGUAAUAUAGUUUUCUUUUCUUUUCCGUUCUGCGGGCCUUCCGCUGAUCCGAACAUGGUCCCCUCUCACUCGCCGAUAUACCGUUGGGAAUGAUGCUAGACACUACAGCAACAGGGCAACCGGGAUUCGAUUCCAAUCUACUCAGCAAGCCAUAGAAU